AUGACUACAACAAAGGCGGAAUAUAUAGCUACUACCCACACUCCAUACAAGAGUCGGGUUUGUGGUCGGAUGUCCACUGAAAGGCCUGAUUCUAAACAGGCCGGCACACCAAGAGGCCUAGACCUGCGAAGGGCGAGCAAGAACCGAAAGCGGGCAUCUGUGGAUGAUGACACGGAAACGGUUCUGGACCUGAAAGUGCCUUCAGUGCCGUAUGAUGACACGGGAAAGAGGACGUACGAGAGGGCGUGCAAGAAGUAUGGCGUCAUCCCAUCUUCCUUGUUCCUUCGGAAGCUUUCGGAGAAGGACAUUGACCUCACGAAUUAUGGUUUGGGACCUAAAGGAGUUAUGGCUGUGUCGGUGGCGCUCGUGGUGAAUUCCAGUGUGACGUCAUUGAUACUCAGGGGAAAUUGUAUUGACAGCGCGGGUGUGUUAUGUAUACAACAAAUGAUGACGGAGAAUAUGUCAAUUACCGAUCUGGAUUUAUCUGAAAACAAUCUUGGAACAUAUGGAGCCAAAGUGAUGGGUUUGAUGUUACGAGAGAACAAAGUCAUUCGGUAUCUGAACCUGUCAGGUAACCAAUUCACAGACCCAGACGCUAUAUACCUCACAAAGGCUAUCCAGGAUCAUUCUAGUCUAGAACAUGUUGAUCUCAGUCACAACGAAUUUGGAGAUUUAUCAGGGCCCGACUUCGAAAAGAUGAUAUCCGACGCUAAUCGCGCGUUACUGGCAUUAGACCUUAGCUGGAACCAAUUCAGACUGAUUGGAGCAAAACACCUCGCCAUCGGCCUCAAGGAGAAUGCAUAUCUAAAAUACAUGAACGUGUCUUGGAAUGGUCUGGAUGACGACGGCGGGAAGGAUUUCGGAGAGGCUAUCAGUAACAACAAUAUCAUAGAAGUCCUGGACAUUUCAUGUUGCAGAAUAGGUCCCGAGGGAUUCGCCGGCAUUCUGAAAGGCCUUAAGAACAAUGAAACACUUCAGGAAUUACGAAUAGGUAAAAAUAAUAUACCAGAGGAAGCAGCCGAGGCCGCGAUCGAGAUGUUUGACCAAAUGGAGUCUGUCACACUCAUUGUUCUGGACAUGACGGAUGUAAUCUUAGGGCCACGGUUUCAAGAAAGGGUGGAUGAACUGAAGGAAAAACAUGAGAAUUUAGAGAUAAAAUUUGGAUAUAGUGACAUGUACGGGAAGCGUAAGAUGGCUGGCUCUGUAGACGUUGGUGAAGACGCCUUACUCACCAUCAAGGAAUAUAUGGAAAGACACAAUCUCACUAUCUCUGAACUGUUCGCAAGGUUUGACGACGAUGGAAGCAACAGUGUCGAUUACGACGAAUUUCGUGAAGGGAUCAAGGAGGCCAAGAUCGAUCUGACGGACUACCAAGUGGACAAGUUAAUUCAGUUUAUAGACAUAGACGGUGAUGGCGACCUUGACUUCAGUGAAGUGGUACUAAAGAUGAAAGAGGUGACGAAAAAGCGCCAAGCAGAGGAUGAACAACGGAAAGAAGAAGCCAAGAACAAACGGAAGUACUAA